UUCUUUUCUAAGAGGCACCCUAGUUGUUUUAACAAGUUGCUACAAAACUUGGUCUUCCUGAGGUGAGGCUGUGGCGCACAGUGCCUGCACUGUACCAAAAUCCAGGGAGGGAGGGGUCAGAGUUAGUCAUUAAAAAGGGAAGAAAAAAAAAAAGCCCCAGGCACUUCAUGCCUGGAAAUGAUGUAACAGGCAGCCACUCCUCUGUUAGAACUACAACCAAACAAUGCUCAGGCAGUCCACGGCAGCUGCUCUCCAAAUGUCAGUGCCAGCCCCGUCCAAAGAGCUUGAAAGGCAGCAAGCUGGAGGGUUUCGUGCUGUACCUUUCUCGCCCACAUUUUCCCCAAGCCCUCCCAGGAACCUGGCAACAGCCAGCUUCAUCUCCCCCUACCACCUCCAUACUUCGCCCCCCGCCCCCGCCCGCCAAGGAGCUGAGAAAAAGGCACUGCCUCCUGGCAGCCCUGCUCUCGAGUGCCGCCUUGUGGCUAAGAUCAGAAUAUCACCGAGGUACCCUGAAACCCGCGGCUCAGCUCGAGGCUGAAUGCCAUCUGCACAAAAGAGCUCCUGUUGACAUCUCAUUUACAAUCUCCCCCAGGACACAGACAAGACCAUUUCAAUAAACCCGGCUCAGAAACACCUAUUGUUCGAAAUCUUCAACUAGCCACAGGCUACCACCACUCCCUAUUGUUUUGUAAAAGAAAAGAUUUAGAAGGAGAAAGAUUGCCACUGUGGAAGCUCUGAAAAGAGGAAGGAAAAAAGUCCUUUGACCCGAUGCUGUCAGAGAGCGUGCAUGAAGAAUAAAGUUAAUGGAUUUCCAUUUUUAUAAGAAGUGCCUAAGAAAUGCCUGUUAAGUUUCUGAACUGGGGAUGGGGAAUUCUAAAUUCAACGCCAACUUUGUGUGUAUAAGAAGUGAACUCCUGCCAACGGGUUUGCUAAAUGAAAUGCCAUAGGCUAUACUUACCCUAUUCUCAGCCCUACAAAAGCCUUGUUAGCACCAAUAGCAGGGCACCAGGUGAGUCUUUGAUCUGGGCUGUUGCCCUGGGAAUUAGAGCUGGACUGUCCUUUCCAAGUAGAAUUUCCAGGCUCAGAGCCCACUCCUCCCUGUUAAUGAUUUCUUUUUUUUCCUUCGCCCCGUUUUGCUCCCUCUUUUAGUAAAAGUUGAACACUCUCUGGAGUUAUGUAAUGUCCUUAGAUAGUUGUUCUUCACUAUACUUCAAAUUCAGGGAUAUAUUUGUGCUUACCCCCAAAAAGGGGCCCUCUUCAUCUGCUCCUUAUCUUGACCCUUGUAAUACGUCUUGCAGUUAACCUUACCUAUCUCUGCAAAUGAUCCCUUUAUCUACCCAGAGCUCAAGCCCACACUGGGCAUUAUCUCUAAUUCCUUUGAGUCCAAUCCCCUCUUAAAUCCUUCUGGAAUCCUUCUACCUCCUGCAAACCAGCUUUCUGCUUUCCUAGAUGCCAUUUACAAUACUCCCCUCCUGAGGAUCACAGCAACUUCCUAACUCACGGUUUCUCUAACCACCAGUUGUGACUUAUUCAGGGGUCAUGAAACCAAUUGAGGCGGGUCAUGCAGUUUCACCACCUAAAAAAAUGAAGUAGAUUAGAAAAUGUGAGAUUGCAUCAGACAAAAGAAAAAGUACUGUUUCGUGAGACUUGUUUCAGUUUGUGUUUGCAUCUGGAUCUCUGUACGUUCUGGGCAACAGGUAAAAACGGAUUUUGUUUGCCACGAUAUUCUGAGAAAUACUUUUCUGAUUGCUCUCACUGGGUCUGCCUGAUGCCUGCUUCAGGAGGCUGCUUCACUGCUGGAUACACUUGGAGCAAGGGUUGAAGACACUGAACAGAAGCUGUCACUCUCCAAACGACAGGUCUGCCCACAGGAGAGUCUCGGGCUUUGGAGAGUCUGAGUAACUGGGCUCCUGCUCACUUUUCAGAAGGGCCUUGGAACUCUGCAUCCUGACUGCUUCUACUCUUCAUUAUUAAAACCAUCAAGUUCACGGGAAAGUUAAAGGGACUUAGAAAAUAAAACAGCCUCCAUAAUGGAUUCCUGCCCAGGCAAGUCCAGACAUUUAAAGGAGUAGUCUUGCUGUUGUUUGCUAUCAUAUGGAGAGAUGUUAAGCUUUCCUUUUUAUAUUGGAAAUGAAAAAGUAAAGAAAUCUGCACAUGCCGACCAUCCCUGAUAGUGGUCAUUCCACGAAAGCCCAUGAGACAGACACAACCUUCCUGAAGUUGCCAGCAACCACAUCCUUAUCCCUUCCUUAGUGCUGGGGCCCUGCCACCACUCUGCAUCUUGCUGGGAAGAGAGGUGGCCCCAGUUCUUGCAACUCCUCCCCCAAAAUCCUGUGCCUGAACCGCACUAAAAGAAGUCCCUGUUUUUUCGUCGGGUGCCUUAAACUUACUUAUGUUAUGGAGUCCGGGUUUAGAGAACCUGCUCCAUUAAGUGGAAGGGCUACAGAA